UGCGGAGACUCGAAGCGGGGACACGGAGCAGCACCGCACCGAGAGCCCACAUUGCCAGUGCCGCCGAGGAGCGGGCGACAGCCAGCGGAACUAUGAGAAUCAUGAAUAUAUCGUCGGACAGCAGGACGUGAGACCUGCGAGUCCAUCACUUUCUGUGCUUUUGAGCCCUUUUCCUCAGUUGCCUUGCUGAAGAAUUUUACACGCGCACUGGUCGUGGACAGGUUGGACGUACUGUUUUCUUGUAGCUCACUAGUUCGAUAAGUGGUGUUGUUUUUGUUUUUAUUCUGGUGAUGGUAUCUGGACCGAUGAGGAGCAUGGCUUGGAAAGCGGGACUGCUUCUCUUGUGCUGGGGUUUGACGUCUGGUGAAGUUGACGUUACAACUCCGGAACCGGAGACCACCACAACCACCGCGGCUCCGAUAAGAACUUUGGAUUUCGGCUACGUUCCAGCCGGAGUUUACGAGACGGUGGCCCACUAUGAGCCCGGACCCAUUGGGAUUCUAUUUCAAAUGGUUCACGCUUUUCUGCACCUGGUUCAGCCCAAUCCAUUUCCCGAGGAUCUCGUCAUCAGAGUGGCCAAGGAUAGAUUUGGGGCAAUCCAGUCCGAGUACCAGAAGGUGAUCCUGUAUGAGCUGGGCUUCGUGGUGUGCGUGCUGCUGGGUGUGAUCUUCCUGGUCUUCAUGCCCCUGGUCGGCUUCUUCUUCUGCCUGUGCCGUUGCUGCGACAACUGCGGCGGGGAGAUGCACCAGCGCCAGAGGAAGAAUGCCGACUGCCAACGAGGCCUGCUGGCCACGCUCCUCUUCUCAACCUGUAUCGUCAUCACGGCUGGAAUCCUCUGCUCGUACGCGGCCAAUCAGCACCUGAGUUCGCAGCUGAAGCAGAUGAGGAGGCUGGUGAACAGCAACCUGAGGGACGUGCACACCUUCGCCAACGAGACCCCCACUCAAAUCGACUAUCUGAUAGCGCAGUACCCCAUUGCCAAGAAGCAAGUGCUGUAUGACCUGGACAACAUCGGGCCGCUGCUGGGUGGUGGUAUCCACGAGGAGCUGGGGAAGGAGGUGACCCCUGCCUUGGAGGGAGCUCUCCAAAUGGCUGCAGCCAUGCACGAGACCAAGGAGGGCCUGGAGAAUGUGAGCAUGACCCUGGAGAUCCUGCAGGAGGGGGCGGGGAAGCUGGCCUUCAGCCUGGGCCUCAUGCGCUCGGGCCUCAACUCCUCGCUGGACGAUCCCGUGUGCACGGUCCCCGGGUCCCCCGCCGCCGCUGUCUGCAGCCACGUCCUCAGCUCCCUCAGCCAGCUGCACCUGGGGGCCAACUACUCACAGCUGCCCGGUGUUGCCCCUCAGCUGGACAAGGUUAACGAAGCCCUCCAGGUGGACCUCAGUGACAUCGUUGAGAAGGGAUUUACAUCGUUUAAUGACACCCCAUCCAUGGUGACGGAUCAGACGAGGAAUGUUGUGGAAGGUGUGAGAGACAUGCUGGAUGGCAUUGGGGCGAACAUCACUGGUUUCUCCAAGCUGUUCCCUGUGCACAACUCCCUGACCAACUUUACCAUCUAUAUCAGCCACGCCCACUCCAAGAUAGAGGACAUCUACCCAGAGAUAGACCGCUACGACUUCUACAGGUGGACGGCCUGCAUCACCCUGUGCUGUAUGGUGGUGAUGGUGCUGGCCUUCAACCUGCUGGGCAUGCUCUGUGGCAUCCUGGGCUACGACCGCCACGCCACCCCCACCACCCGCGGCUGCAUCUCCAAUACGGGCGGCAACCUGCUCAUGGCUGGCGUGGGCUUCAGCUUCCUGUUCUCCUGUUUCCUGAUGGCUGUGGUGGCCGUCAUCUUCGUGGUGGGGGGCAACAUCGAGAAGCUGGCCUGUGAACCCUUCCACACCAGGCAGCUCUUCAAGGUCCUGGACACCCCUCACCUCAUCAUGCCCACGUGGAAGAACUUCAUCCCCGGAUAUCUGUACGAUGACCCCGACAUGGACCUGACCUUCGAGAGCUUUUACAGUAAUUGCAAAGACAACCGUGGGAUGUACUCUGCCCUGCGCCUGGAUAAGAUCUUCAAUGUCUCGGCUUUCCUCAACACCAGUGUGUUCACGGAGGACGUGUCUCGUAUGAUUGGCGGCGUGAAGGUGGACCUGAGGGGCAUCAUCCUGCUGGAGGCGGAGGGCAAGGACAACCUGAUCCUCUUCACCGAGACCGGCAUCGGAGACAUCGACUACGACCAGUACCUGGAGGAGCUCAACAAGCGGGUGACUGUGGUGGACCUGCUGGCCUAUUCCAAGGAGCUUGACGAUCAGAGCGAGCAGCUGCCCAAAGGCGCCCUGCAGACCUCCCUGAAAGGCCACGCCAGCACCCUCCGCCAGAUCCACACCCAGCAGGUUCUGCCCAUGGAGCAGUCACUGACCACACUGGCUCAGAGCAUCCGAAAGCUGAAGGAGAGCACAAAAGAACUGCCUGACAAGAUCUCUUCUGUUCUGAGCACCAUUGAUGCGGCCCAGUAUCUCAUCUCCCACAAUGCAACACACGUGGUCAGCCAGCAAACAGAAAGGUACAAGCAGACCAUCAUUGGGUACUUCAGCCAGUACAUCAACUGGGUCAAGGCCUCGUUGGCUCUGGAGGUGGCCCCGUGUAAACCCUUCAGCAACAUCGUGGACACCAUGGAGAUCGUGGCCUGCAGCUUCCUCAUCGACUCCAUGAACACCUUCUGGUUUGGUCUUGGAGGUGCCACCCUGUUCCUGCUGCCCAGUGUAGUGCUGGCCGUCCGGUUGGCCAAGUUCUACCGCCGCAUGGACACAGAGGACGUCUACGAUGACUUUGAGACAAUGCCCAUGAAAACUUUGGAAAUUGGUUAUAAUGGUUAUCAUAAUGAGCGUUUACGAGGUAUCGAAAACCCGUUUACGAGAAGCCUCCCCACGUACGACACCAUGACUAGAUUCCCACGAGCCUCGGCACCACCCCAUCGCCACGACUGGUGAAACGGAAAACAAAGGGGGCCGGAACCUUUUUCCUGCUUGUUUGUUUGUUAUUUUGUUUGUGUGUUUGUCUUUUCUGUUUCUUUUUUUAUUGUUUUCCCAUGUUGUCGCCCAGCUUUGGAAAGUGCAGUGUCAACGAAUUGGCCAUGAGUCUUUAGACUCCUUCAAGCUUUUCCAUUUGUCUUGAUCCCUUCGACGAAGAUGCAGCUCCAACUAUCUUCAUCAACACGUGGAGAUUGUUUUUUUUUACCCAUAUUGAAAAUCUCUGUGGCAGUUGACAGUUUGUCACAUCGUAAUGAGAUUCAUCCUCCUCUCCUUCUCAUCGCACUCGAUCUUUGGACGAAACAUUCAACAUUUCGACAUCCUUUUUCAUCGCACUCGAUCUUUGGACAAAAAACAUUCAACAUUUCGACAUCCUUUUUUCAUCGCUCGCCAAUUCGGGACGCCCCAAUUCUGCCACACAGGUUUGCCUCAAGGGCGCAUCUAUAUGCCACCACCGCUGCUGACAGUGAUGCGCUCACCCAAGGGACAAAAUGGAGGUUACGAGUGAACUUUGACCUUCUUGUGGAGGAAGCCUGUGGGACCUUCUGAACUACCUUUACUGCAUGUUUCUAUGUUUACAAUAGUCCAAGGCUGCACCCACAGAGCGAAAAGGAGAGAGAGAGGUGGAGGGGGAGAGAGAGAGAGAGGGAGAGAGAGACCAUGGCACGCCUAUGUAAAGAAGGGUCAAGCAUCCGUGACAUUUCUCAGAUUCUGUGGCUUAUAUUGUAGAGCUCAGUAGGGAUGUUUUGAGUCGCUUCCACUGAAUUGUUUUUUUCUGUUUUGUAUCGUUUUUUUGUUUUCAAGCCAUGUAUGAAGCACACUGCUUGUCUCUUUGUACUUAAAUUCCUUUUGAUCGUUUACUGUGUGUGUG